CCGCACAGAAUCAUUCUUGAAUGCGCGCGCGAACGUUUCGCACCAGCCAAGAGAGCCAUCCGCCAGCCCCAAAACAGAUACAAAUCCGCCAGCUACAAAUUCGCAAGUUCGCAGCCGACAACUCCAGCAGCAGCAACUCGAAACACAACACAAGAUACAAAGGAGAAAAGUGCAAGUGAAGUUCGUGCAAGUGCGAAGUGGGAAUUGCGAUUGCGAGUGCGUGUGGAGAUACACAGAUACGGAGAUACGGAGAUUCGCAGAUACGCAGAUACGCAACGUUUCCGCCGCGAUAGAGAGUGAUAGAGAGAGCGAGAGGUGGUGGCACGCAUAAAAACAAAUUAGGAACGAGGCCUAGUACCCCAAAUUCACAAACCAAAACGAAGAAGAAGUUAGCCAAAAAAAGAAGCAAGAAAAUAAUUUAAAUAAUUAAAAAUAAACACACGCCGCUGCGACGUCAACGCUGUGUGCCGUGAGAGUGCGUGUGUGUGUGUGUGUGAUUGUUUGAGUGUGUGAGAGAGUGCGUGUGUGCGUUGUAUCUGACAGAUACGCCGCCCCGCCGCUGACGCAUUCGGCCAGCUACCGUUAUACCGCUGUCGCUUUCGCCGCUGCCGGCCGGCUUUUUGUGCCCAAUCAACGCACAUCACAUUCAACAAAUUGAAAGCCAGAAAGCCAGAAGGCGACACGCCACGCCACGACACGACUCGAAAACCGCUCAACGGGAAACGCGAAAAUGUCAAUCUAGUUGCCACAGCUGCCCCAAUCUUAUCGAUCAGAUCAUCGCGGUUGUAAUAAAUAUCUAGCCACAAAAUACUAAAUACUAAAUACAAAAUACUAAAUAUCAUACAAAUUAAAUUGUUUGUGCAACACACAGCAAAAAGGCAAAAAAAAAAAAACACUUUCGUUUAGUUUGAUUUAAUUUUGGCUCUGUUGCCAGUGCAAAGUGACAAAGUGAAAAGAAAAGAUUGAGGCAAAAAUUGUUUAAAUAAAGAUACACUAAACAGCACUAACUAAGCGCAGAUGUUCUGCUGCUGUUCGGCAUAAUAAGUGUCACAAUCAAUUGUUGAACCUGCAAGCGGAUUGUGCAAGAAAUAAAUAAAUGCUACUAGCACCCAAGGAACCCAUUGAGCUGAAAAAGCGUCUGGAGGAAGUGCGUCUGCUGGAAUCUAGACGCUCGGCACGCCUGGCCGACCAGGAUCGCGACACGGACUUUGCCCGGCUCGCCGACAUGAGUGGGGACCGUCGCCGCACCACCACCCACAGUAUUGAGGUGCUGCCACCUCUGACGGGCCAGCACAACUCACGGAAACGUCCGUCCAGUGAUCAUCAGGACUACGGCAGCAAUCCGGGCAACGAGGAUCAGAUGGUGGAAUGCAAUGCAGCUAUGAUUCUCAUGAACCUACACAAUCCUAACGGGGUGUCGGACCAUUGUCUGGGCUCCAGUCCCGGCAGCAGCUCAUCGGCCUCCUGGAGUUCCGGCUCGGCCUCGCCGCCCCUCAGCGAUGAUGGCCACGGGCACGGCCAUCACAGCCCCAACAUAUUGUCGCCGCACGAUGCGGCCAAUGCACGUAUACGCACAACAUCGGUGUCCACCUCGGACGAGGGCAUUGUCAUUGAUUUCAAGGAUGAUCGCAAGAAAAAGGUGAGUGCCAUGAAGUCUCUUAUCCUGCAUUAUGGCCCAGCCCAGACAUCACCCACUGCCAGAACUUCCCGAAAGUUCCGCUGUACCUAUCCACGCUGUCCCUUUCUGGAGCACGAGGAAUCGGAAAUGAGACGUCACGUUAGAAUCCAACAUUUGCAUCGCAGACCCAUCAGCCCCAGACUCUCCGGCGACUAUGACUCCUGCAGCGAGCACGAGGAGGAGUUCUACUACACAGAAGACGACGACGAUGAUGAGUUGGUCAAAGCGCCUAGUCUAGCCUCGGAACCCACGCUCAGCCACCGGGACAUGGCACGUCCUCCGCACGAGGAUCCCGAAUACCAAAAACAGAUUGUCGGGAACUUCAAGCAAGGACGUGCUUUGCAUAACUAUAACCACCUAACGCAUCAGCAGCAGCAGAAGCAGCAGCAUAAGGCGACGGCACAUCACAAUGGUGGCGGGCGGGGGGGCAUGCACCACAUAAGCACCAUCCCGAGCAAUCAGCAGCAGCAGCUGCAGAACAACAACACCAGCUGCACGCCGACAUCGCAUCUGGCCCACCACAACUACACUUGGCCAUCCAGCAGCCCGGGGCCGAUCCCGACGGCCAUGUCGUCCCCUGGGUCCACGCUGAACAAGCACGCUCGCACAUCGUCUUCUCGUCCGUCCCACUUGGUAGCGCCAUAUCCACCACCGACGUACGUCCAGCAACAGCAGCAGCAACAGCAACAGCACCAGCACAGUUCUUCAAGCAACAACAGCAACCCGGUGAGCCCGGUCAUGCUGCAGCAGCUCACGCAACAGAAUGUGACGGUGACGGCGCACGCGCACCACGGCCAGGUGCAGCACCACCUGUCCAGUGUGACCAUUACGCCAAACUAUCAUCCGACCCAACAGCAGCAGCAGCCGCCGCACCAGAGCCAACAACAACAACAACACCACCAGGAUCAGCAGCCGCCGCAUCCGCACCAGCCACAUGUGCGCGGCCAGCAACAACCAACUGCCAGCAACCUGGUUGCAAACAAUAACAACAACAACAACAACAUGCCUCUGCAGCACGUGGCCGUGCAACAGUCUGUGGGCGUGGCCAAGCACACGCCCAACUCGCCCAAUCGUCGGACGCGCGGCGAGAACAAGAAAUGCCGCAAGGUGUACGGCAUGGAGAAGCGCGACCAGUGGUGCACUCAGUGCCGGUGGAAGAAGGCUUGCAGCCGCUUCGGCGACUGAAAGCG